GGUAGAUGGGCAGGGGCGUGCGACUGAGAGUUGCAUCGCGGUAUGGCGGGUGGGGCCCGGGAGGUGCUCACGCUGCAGUUGGGUCAUUUUGCGGGUUUCGUGGGAACGCACUGGUGGAACCAACAGGAUGCUGCCUUGGGCCGAAACACCGAUGCCAAAGAGUCGGCCGGAGAGCUGUGCCCUGAUGUCCUGUACCGGACGGGCCGGACGCUUCACGGCCAGGAAACGUACACGCCGAGACUCAUCCUCAUGGAUCUGAAGGGUAGUCUUAACUCCCUAAGAGAAGAAGGUGGACUGUACAGGGACAAACAACUUGAUGCUGCUAUAGCAUGGCAGGGGAAGCUCACCACCCACAAAGAAGAAGUCUAUCCCAAGAACCCUUAUCUCCAGGACCUUCUGAGUGCAGAGGGAGUGCCCAGUAGUGAUGGUGUCUGGAAGGUCAAGUCCAUCCCUAAUGGCAAAGGUCCACCUCCAGUCAGCACUGCUACAGCUCCAAAAUCAUUUAUACCACCAGAGGGCACCAUCAGAGUCUGGUCAGACUUUCUGAGAGUUGACCUCCAUCCUCGGAGCAUCUGUAUGAUUCACAAAUACAACCAUGAUGGGGAAGCAGGUCGGCUGGAGGCUUUUGGCCAAGGGGAGAGUAUCCUGAAGGAACCCAGGUACCUGGAAGAACUGGAGGACAGGCUGCACUUCUACGUAGAGGAAUGUGACUAUUUGCAGGGCUUUCAGAUCCUAUGUGACCUACAUGAUGGCUUCUCUGGAGUAGGUGCUAAGACUGCAGAGUUGCUACGAGACGAGUAUUCAGGGCGGGGAAUAAUUACUUGGGGUCUUCUCCCUGGGCCUUACAAUCUCAGGGAGCCCCAGAAAAACAUCUAUCGUCUGUUAAACACAGCCUUUGGUCUGGUGCGCCUGACUGCUUACUGCUCUUUCGUCUGCCCUUUAUCCUUGGGCGGAAACAUGGGCCUGAGACCCAAGCCACCUGUCAGCUUCCCUUACCUGCGUUAUAAUGCCACUCUACCCUUCCACUGUAGUGCCAUCUUGGCUACAGCCCUAGACACAGUCACUGUUCCCUAUCGCCUGCGUUCCUCUCCAGUUUCCAUGGUUCAUCUGGCUGAUAUGCUCAGCUUCUCUGGGAAAAAGGUGGUGACAGCAGAAGCAAUCAUCCCCUUCCCCUUGGUUCCAGGCAAGUCCCUUCCUGAUACUCUGAUGCAGCUUGGAGAAGCCAGUCCGUGGACCUCACUGUCUGCAUGUGGGGACCCUUCUGGAACACGCUGCUUUGCCCAAUCAGUGGUGCUGAGGGGCAUAGACAGAGCGAGCCACACCAGUCAGCUUGUCUCAGGGACACCUCUGCCCUCUGCCCUUCAUGCAUGUACCACUGGGGAAGAAGUCUUGGCUCAGUAUUUACAACAGCAACAGCCUAGAGUCAUCAGUUCAUCCCAUUUGCUGCUGACUCCCUGCAGAGUGGCUCCGCCUUACCCCCACCUCUUUUCUUCAAGCUUCAGCCAGCAGGGCGCAAUGUUAGAAGGUCCCCCCAGGGGCACAGAAGUGAAGAACAUCCCAGUGUUUGGGGCCCUGCGCUCUUCUGCAUCCUUGUACCAGACCCUGGGAGGCUUAGCAGACGAGCUCUCCAAACUCGACCUGCGGCGCUGGGCUAGCUUCAUGGACGCUGGAGUAGAACACGAUGACAUGGAGGAACUGUUGCAGGAGCUCCGCAGCCUGGCCCACUGCUACCAGGAAGGAGACAGCUCCCCAGACUAAAGUUCCAGGAGUUCCUUUGCAAUAAAAAGCUGCUGGGUGCAUGA